UUGAGCAUCCCCGUUUUAGAAAGACUGAGUCUCUCCCAGGACAGCUGCUGCGGUCACACCACAAACUUAAAAGCCGUCCUUCUGCUCGGAGCGUGCCUUUCCUCACCACCCUCGCCUUCCCAAAGCUCCAACUGUUGCCUGGCCCUCCGUCGGUCCCGGCAGCGCUCUGGGGCCAGCAGCGCCCCCUGCCUCUCGGCCCGGCCUCUGCGGCCGCAGCCUGCGCGCUCCAGCAGGGCCGCCGGCGGCUCCGCGGCUCAGCCAGGGCAGCGGCUCAGAGGAGCUCGCGCCUUGGCCGGGGAGUCACCGCCUCGCACGCCCACAUCCUGCAUCCCCUUCCUCUCUCUCUGAAGGGCCAUCAGGCAAAGAGAGAGGGCGAGAAAAGGUCGCGGCAGAUUAAAUUACCACUGUUUCAAAGAGAACAUUGUUUUCAUCAUGAAUGCUAAUAAAGAUGAGCGACUGAAGCCCAGAAGCUACUAUUUUUACCUUUUUCAUGCCUUGAUGGUGCUAAGCAUGACCAUGCUGUUUCUUCCGGUCAUUGGAACGUCUAAGCAAAAUAUUCCACGACUCAAGCUAACCUACAAAGACUUGCUGCUUUCAAAUAGCUGCAUUCCCUUUUUGGGUUCAUCAGAAGGACUGGAUUUCCAAACCAUUCUGUUAGAUGAAGAGAGGAGCAGGCUGCUCCUGGGAACCAAGGAUCACAUCUUCCUGCUCAGUCUGGUCGACUUAAACAAAAAUUUUAAGAAGAUUUAUUGGCCUGCUUCAAAGGAACGGGUGGAAUUAUGUAAAUUAGCUGGGAAAGAUGCCAAUACAGAAUGUGCAAAUUUCGUUCGAGUACUUCAGCCUUAUAAUAAAACUCACAUUUACGUUUGUGGAACCGGAGCAUUUCAUCCCAUAUGUGGAUAUAUUGAUCUUGGACUCUACAAGGAGGAAGUUAUAUUCAAACUAGACACAAACAAUUUGGAGUCUGGCAGACUGAAAUGUCCUUUUGAUCCUCAGCAGCCUUUUGCUUCAGUAAUGACAGAUGAGUACCUCUAUGCUGGAACAGCUUCUGAUUUCCUUGGCAAAGAUACUGCAUUCACGCGGUCCCUUGGGUCUACUCAAGACCAUCAUUACAUCAGAACUGACAUUUCAGAGCACUACUGGCUCAAUGGAGCAAAAUUUAUUGGAACUUUCCCCAUACCAGACACCUAUAAUCCAGAUGAUGAUAAAAUAUAUUUCUUCUUUCGUGAAUCAUCUCAAGAAGGCAGUACUUCCGAUAAGACGAUCCUUUCUCGAGUUGGAAGAGUUUGUAAGAAUGAUGUAGGAGGACAACGCAGCCUGAUAAACAAAUGGACAACUUUUCUGAAGGCCAGAUUGAUUUGCUCAAUUCCCGGAAGUGAUGGGGCAGAUACUCAUUUUGAUGAGCUUCAAGAUAUUUACUUACUCCCCACAAGAGAUGAAAGAAAUCCUGUAGUAUAUGGAGUCUUUACCACAACUAGCUCCAUUUUCAAAGGCUCUGCUGUUUGUGUGUAUAGCAUGGCUGACAUCAGAGCAGUUUUUAAUGGCCCAUAUGCUCAUAAGGAAAGUGCAGACCAUCGCUGGGUGCAGUAUGAUGGAAGAAUCCCUUAUCCCCGACCUGGCACAUGUCCGAGCAAAACCUAUGACCCACUGAUCAAAUCAACCCGAGAUUUUCCAGAUGAGGUCAUCAGUUUCAUCAGGAGGCACCCUGUGAUGUAUAAAUCAGUAUAUCCAGUUGCGGGAGGACCAACAUUCAAGCGAAUCAAUGUAGAUUACAGACUGACACAGAUUGUCGUGGAUCAUGUUGUCGCAGAAGAUGGCCAGUAUGACGUAAUGUUUCUUGGGACAGACAUUGGAACAGUCCUAAAAGUUGUCAGCAUUUCAAAGGAGAAAUGGAACAUGGAAGAGGUAGUCCUGGAGGAGUUGCAGAUAUUCAAGCACUCAUCAAUCAUCUUGAACAUGGAGUUGUCUCUGAAGCAGCAACAAUUGUACAUUGGUUCCCAAGAUGGAUUGGUCCAGCUCUCCUUGCACAGAUGUGACACUUAUGGGAAAGCUUGUGCAGACUGUUGUCUUGCCAGAGACCCUUACUGUGCGUGGGAUGGAAACGCAUGCUCUCGAUACACCCCCACUUCAAAAAGGCGAGCUAGACGCCAAGAUGUCAAGUAUGGAGACCCAAUCACCCAGUGCUGGGAUAUAGAAGACAGCAUUAGUCAUGAAGCUGCUGAUGAAAAGGUGAUUUUUGGCAUUGAAUUUAAUUCAACUUUUCUGGAAUGUAUACCUAAAUCCCAACAAGCAUCUAUUAAGUGGUAUAUUCAGCGGUCAGGAGAUGAACAACGAGAGGAGUUGAAAUCCGAUGAAAGGAUCAUCAAAACAGAAUAUGGGCUACUGAUUCGAAGUUUGCAGAAGAAGGACUCUGGGAUGUAUUACUGCAAAGCGCAGGAGCACACUUUCAUCCACACCAUAGUGAAGCUGACUUUGAAUGUCAUUGAGAAUGAACAGAUGGAAAAUACCCAGAGGGCAGAGCACGAGGAAGGGCAGGUCAAGGAUCUGUUGGCUGAGUCACGGUUGAGAUACAAAGACUACAUCCAAAUCCUUAGCAGCCCAAAUUUCAGCCUCGACCAGUACUGCGAACAGAUGUGGCACAGGGAGAAGCGGAGACAGCGAAACAAGGGCAGCCCAAAGUGGAAGCACAUGCAGGAAAUGAAGAAGAAACGAAACCGAAGACAUCACGGGGAUGAGCUUCCUAGUGCUGUGGCCACGUAGUUUUCUAUUUAAUUUAAAGAAAAAAAUUCUUUUCACUGCGAAAAUACUGUCUUCUGUUCUGUACAUCCCUUAUACUAACUCAUAAGAGUUUUCCAUGGAGUUUUGCUAAGGCACAAGAAAAAUAAUCUGAGCAAGACUAUGUAUGGUAAAUAUGGCAUAGUGAGGGCAAAUAGUUCAUCUGAACCCAUUUUCCAAGAACUAAACUUGUACCUGCAAUGUGUCAGAAUUAUCCUCAACAUAGGAACUUACUUACAUUUGUAAAUGUUUUAUGUUGUCAGGUUUUGAAUUUAUGAUGCCAUGUAAAUAAGUGAGCUAAGCAAGUAUCAUAUUUGAUAUUGUACUGAGGUGCUUCGUUUUCCUUGCAUGGCCAGUAAGCAUGGAGUUUAUCAUGCUGUUGUGUUAUGUGUUCUUACGAACAGAUAUAUCAUUCCAUUCUAGAACUGGCUGCCUUGUGGUAGGAAUUGGAAGGAAGACACAAAUCCAGACUGCUCACAUUAUCAACAGGAACUUUCCCAGUCAGCCAUUCACACUUGGUGCAUGGUUUAGGAAUUUGGAGAAGUGCAUUAUUUCUUUCAGACCACAGGGGUUAUUUAGUGUGGGACAGCACUGAUUUACUGAAGGGUAUAAAUGCUCCUCCGAGGAUUCCUUGUGACUUGUCAAGAGGAACAGGUUCACAGAGAGAGGUGGGUGCUCAGUUAUGUGUUUUUAGAUUAUUUGCUGAGAUUUACAUGGACAGAAUGCUUGAUAAAUAUUUCAGUACAAUAGGGGAGAACAUUUUAAUAAAAUAAGGGAAACAUCAUGAUGUCUACUGCAUCCUAAUGGGAAGGCAUACAGAUGGGAUCUGUUAGGAGACAGAAGGAAAGACAGCCAUAAAUUCUGGCUUUUGGGAAAACUCUUAUCCCUAUAAAAAGAAAGAGCAGUCACAAAUAAAGUGAGUGAAAUGUAAUGUAGCUUAUUCACCAGAGUAUAUGUAGCUGCCAAUUUAUAAUCCAUCUGUUAAAAAAAUUCUAGAUUAUAACAAACUGCUAGCAAAGUCUGAGGAAAAGUAAAUUUUCUGAAGGAUCUUGGGAAGAAUGAACACAAAUUUAUUUACAACCAAUGGGAUUUCAGUAUGCACUUUCUCUCUUCAAAAAAAAAUAAUCAUACUCUAUAAAUUAUUUCCAUUUACUGCCUUUGUUCUUUCCAGAAUAUUGGGACAUUGGAUUUUAUUUGAGUGAAUAAAAAAAAACAGUAUAUACAUAUAUAGAGAUAGAAUUAAGUAGACAACAGUGGUGGGGGAGCAGGGAGGUAUAUUUGUUGAAUAACAGAACAAAUGCAAAAAUUUUGACAACGGGAAGGGUUAAAUUAACUCUUUGACAUCUUUUUUUCUCACAAUCUUUUUGCAUUUCUGAGAUUAUAGGCUGUAACUCAAGUAGCAUUGUUUUAGUAAUUUAAUAAUAAACAAGCCUAAUGCAUGUAAAGAAAACAAACAACAUAAACAUUUUUUUAUACUUUGUUAGCACUUUCAAAUAUUUACAAUUUGACUUUACCUCUGAAUAUGCAUGGCAUGGUUCCUGCCUGUUUAAGAAGGACUCACCUUUCCUUUUUAAACACAACUCUUAGCCUUCUUCUGUUUUGCCUUUUCACGCCCUUUUUAGUGUGAAAUGAAAAAUUAGUCACUUCCUCACAUGGAAGGCAGCUUUUCAGAAAGCUAAAUAGCAGACAUUUCUCAUUUCUCAUGCAUUCUACGUGUCUUGAAAGAAAAGCCUCUGAGAACCCAUGUGAUUAGUACAGAGUUCAAUAUCAUGUCUGUAGCUGGCUUUAUGUUCAAAACAUUCUAUCUUACAUUUCACUUCAUUUACAUCGCUUACCUAUCUCAAAGUAGUCACACUGAUAGCUGAGGUUAAGUAUCCCUUUUUGAUAUGAAACUCAUAAAUAUUUGUAGAUGUUUCAAUAUAAGGAAAACUUAAGGAUUUAAAAAGAAAAAGCAAACCAGAACAAAUCACUCUUUUAAAAAAUAAUGCAUAAUAAUAGUUGUAGUAAGAUCAGACUACUUAUUGAAUAUUGCAACGAGUAUUUGUAACUACUGAUUUGCUGGGUUAAAAUGUUCCAGGAACUCAUAACAAAUUCAAAGCAAAUAAGUGGGAGCAUGCUUUAUUUUUCAAAGAUUUCCAAAUAUUUG